AUCCGCGGGACCUCCGUCCCCGAGUCAUGACAUCUCACACGUAGGGGAAGGCGUUUAGAACCCUGUAUCGUAUGACGCGAACGAUGCCGCCCAAGUGGAUAUUUCCAUUUCACGAUCCAUCAUAAACCGUUCUUGAAUGAACAACACGCAGGAUUACGAACUUACCGAUCAAUCCAGUCCCAACUCCCGGUCCUAACUCCAAUCUCUUAUACGAUCUCCCAAGGUUAAGAGGAUUCACGGCGUGCUCAUAGCACACGCGUCAGCCUUACCACAGGCUCAGUGGCCAAUACUCACACCAUCCAACCACCCAUGGCAGCUCACCCAACAACCUAUCCACCCGUCCCGAGGGAGGGCAUUCCCAUCCCAAACCCGCCCAGCAAAGCAACACCUCCCACCUCGACCCCAACCAACCCGCCCCCAUCCCCAUUACCAGACACAACCCAAGAACCCGAAGUCCAACGCGGCCGCCGACGCCGCCGUUUCCCCGACGAUCCCAUACUCACCAUCACCAAACACCAGCCAUCAUCAACAACACCGCGAACCCCCUACCGCCACCCCAGCUCAACCGACUCCUCCACCUUCCGCGGCCGCGUCCGCCACCGCUCCACCAGCGCCUCCAUCCCGCUCCCGCCGCUGUUCCGCACCGACAGCUCAACCCCGACCCCGAUCCCGAUCGGGACCCCGACAACCCGGACUCCGACCCGGACCCCAACCUCUGCCGCCAACGCCAACGCUAACGCUAACGCCGCCGGGACGAUGCGCUACCUGCGCGUCGUGCAGAUCGAGCGCGAGCGGGCGCCCCUGCGCCGCCGGCGCAGGCGCAGUCUGAGUCCCUCGCGCUCGAGAUCGCCGGCUGGGCUGGCUUGUUGUUCUUUUGCGGGGGGUGAUGGUGGUAGUGGUGGUAGUGGUGUGGUGGGAGUGGGAGUGGGAGGCGGAGGCGCAGGACGAGGAGUCGGGGUCGGGAGCACCGGGUCGGGUUCGGGGUGGAGGGUUUGGUGGUGGGUGUUCCUCGGGCCGGUUGCGGUGGUGGCGGUGAGAGUGGUGGUGAGAGCGGUGGUGGUGAGAGUGGGGGCGGGGCUUGUGCCGUCGGCAGUUGAGCGAGGACGCGCACCAGAGGAUGGAGGUGAGGUGGUGGUGGGGUGGGGGGACGGUCUGUUGCGGUGGGGCGAAAGGCAGGAGAGUGGGGUUGGGGAGGUCAGCAGGGUAGUCAUGAGGCUGAUGGUCUCGCACGAUGGCUGCGGGGAUAGGAUAGCAUGCCAGAUCCAUGAUCCGUCUCCAGACUUUUGGUCUUUGGAGUUCCGGUGUUACAAUGUUAUUGUGUGUUUGUAAAUGAUGCGGGGAUGGGGGCUGCGGCGGGAGAAUACCCAGAUCUCUCAGCGACUCGGCCCAGGCGGGUCAGGAAACAUCAUCUUGCAGGUAUUUGCCGCCCCUGACGCACACCUGCGUUGAAACACACAGGGUAUUGUCUGCAUCCCGUUGGAGCGUUGGUUGUUAAGGGUUCAAAUCGAGAACUGGUGCUACCUAUUAUUUACGCAAC